GAGUAAAGAAAAAAGAAUGAUCAACUACGGGUGCAAAUCCGAGGACAUGUGUAUAAGAUGACAUAACCGAAAAAUAAAAGAAUUGUGGCUUUCUUUUGGCAAUGGCACAACUGUUUUCCCGCCAGUUGGUUUCACAAAGAUGAUGCCGACGCCACAGCUGAGACUCAGGCACAGCCCACAGAAAAAUAAAGUGCGUCCUUUGUGGAAUGCACACAUCCUUUUUAGACUCUCUUUAUUUUCCUUUAUCUUCUAUCCCAAUCGUUCACUUGCUGGCCUCUUUUUACUUGUGGAAUUCCUUCUGUCCUUGACUGUACUUUACACUGAUACCUCAUGGACAACAGUACUAUUAGUGAAGGAGCCGGCGAUUCCUGUCCUACCACUGGAGGUCUUCGAAACGACGGUGGUUUCUCCCAACCCGGUUUUCAUUUCAAAGAUCUCCUCUCUCACCCAAGUCAGAAUUGGCAUGUCCUUGGUUGGUUAGCAUGUCUGGUUCUUCUUCUCAUUACGUGGAUCGUCGCGUUGUAUAUCGUGUGGAAACAUCUGCGGAACUACUAUGAUCCAGAGAUCCAACGCCAUAAAUUACGUGUGUUGCUAUACCCUCCCGUUUACGCGACAUUGGCAUGGUUUUCUUAUCUACGCUACGAUUAUUCCACGACCAUCAUGUUCUUUGCUACACUUUUUGAAGCCUUUGCGGUCUAUAAUUUGUAUGCUUGUCUGCAAGCAUAUCUUAAGCCUUUCCGAGAAGAAGCAGGAACCAUUAAAGAAGGAGUCACUACCAAAGUGUUUAUGUUAUUCAAGGUCAAUCUAAAAUCAAAAUGGGGAAUGCAUUAUCGCAUUAUUACAGAUAUCCUUGUGUUUCAAUACCCUAUCUGGUCCAUCAUUGAUGCGUUGGUAUCCGUCAUUGCAUCCGUCAAAGGAUACUACUGUGGUGAGAGUUACAAUUUCCACGGAGCUCACGUCUAUUUGGUGAUCAUCAAUUUCAUCUCACUUUCCAUCAUUCUGAGUGCUCUUUUCACCUACUUGGCGAUUUUCCAUGAAGAAUGGCAACGCGGUCACAUUAAGGCUCACGGUAUGUUUUGGUGUGUCAAAGGUCCCAUUAUGGUGAUUUUCUACUUUGGGGAAAUUCUCUUGUCCGUUUUGGAAACCGCCCAUAUCAUCAAAGGCACCGACGGCACCCAUUCCAGCGAUGGAUUAGCUUGGCCAGCCGCAGCAGUGAAAAACGGUCUUUACGUGAUCCUUAUCUGUGCGUGUAUGUGUGUUAUUAUGUUUGUGAUGAUUAAAUUCUUUGGUCCCGACGACAAUAUCAACAAGGCGCUCAAUCAAGAAGGAAGAUUAUCGACGUGGCAAGCAUUUGUCGACGGCUACCUCUCAUAUCUUCCCGAAUUCUUCUACAAUGUCUUAUGCUGCGGUGUGGAUUCGUACCGCUUAGCACGUAAACGCAUGGAACUGAAAGCUCGGAAGAAACGCGAAAUGUACGCCACCAGCGAAACCACUGGUCAUCUUUUGUCGCCUAUGGCCCAGGGCCCCAUCGAGGAAACCAAAGUCGAAAUUUAUCCUCCGGAAUCCGAGGUUUACCCCAUGCCUAAACCUGCACAUCAAUCCUCGCAUUAUCAUCAAUUGUAGAAUCCUUCUUUUUUUUUUUAA